AUGUGGUUAAUUUGUUUAUACAUAUACUUGAUACUUGAUAACUAUGUGUUGUCAGGUUUCUAUUUCAUCCCUGAAACAUUGAGUAUUGAGGAGCAAUGCAGAUGGAUUAAGGAGAGCUAUGACUUUCCUGAAGCAACUUGUAAUCUACUCCACACAUUACAUUCUGACUUUCCUGAAGCAACUUUAAUGGUAUUAGUUCAUAGAGCCUUAGUGCAAAAGCACAUCAAUAUUCUUGCCAUAAUUGCUCCUAGGCAUCCAGAUCUAGGGCAUGAGAUUGCUCAUGGCUACUCUGAGGAAAAUCUUGAUGGAGGAAACAAGAGUUCAGAGUAUAUUCAUGACAUUGUCAUCAAACAUGCUGAUCGCCAUAACCUUUUGCGCCCUGAAACCCUUGAAUCAUUGUUUGUUCUAUAUCGUAUCACAGAAGAUUCAAAAUAUCGUGAAUGGGGUUGGUCAAUUUUCGAGGCGUUUGAGAAAGCCUCCUUAACCUCCGAACAAGCCCGUACAAUCAAGAUUCUUGAACAGAGAGUAGAGACAUUAGAACGAGAGGUAGAUGCUGCCAUUUCAGCUUCAGCUCAUGCUCGUAUAGAGAAAAGAGAAGCUGAAGCAGGACAAAAAGCUGCUGAAUUACAAGCAAAAGAGAUGAUAAAAGAGCUUGAAAACACCACAAGUAUGCACACUCUAUAA